AUGAAAGAGCCCGACCGUGCUCAAGACAUCCAGGAAGCGUCUACGCCGCACGCCACAAGCGAACCGCAUAUCACUCCUAACGCCAUGCCGCACGUUCAAGACGGCCCGACGGCGACCGAACUUUCCGUCCGGUUGAAAACCUCUGGCAAGGACAACAUGAACAAUAUCGGCGAUAUUCCCGUUGGAGCUGCCUCUCAAGCCCACAUGGCUGAUCGCCGCGCUGCCCAAGGCGAGACUACCGCAGCGGCACCGGACAUUGUGAAAGACAACAGCAGGCCCAAGGCCGCGACAAAGAAAUCGAGGCUUCAGCGCGCUCCGAUCAAGCUCUGCAAUGGCAGGCGUUUCUUGUUCCGAGACCCUUCCUCUGCUGCUACCUCUUCCUCUGCUACUAGAGGUUCCUCUACUGGUGCAGCUCCUUCUGCUGUUACAGCUUCUUCUCUUGCUACAGCUCCUUCGACUGCUACACCCUCUUCUACUGCUACAGCCACACCGCAGGCGAAAGAACCACGUCCGCUCCCAGAAGUAUCUCGUGCUCCCAGUGCCACUGUCAGCGUCACCGUCAUGGACAAGCAUCCCGAGCAGGUCGAUGAAGAGAUACCGCUUCACGGCUUCGAUGUCAACGUCGCUGAAGCCAAGGCUUGCGUUCAGUGUCUCGUGUUUGCCGUGAGGAAGUACGGCGUUGACCCUACUGUUGAGACCAUCGAGGUGUUCACUGGCAGCAAUGAGUUGCUGAACAGCCUUACCAAGUUCCAUGCCAACCCGUCGGAGAGCGCUGACCUGAAGGAGCAGUUACAGCAAGUGUGCGAGUUUGUGGAGGUGUUGAAGAAGCUGGGAAAGCGCGUCGUGUUCACCUGUGUCAAGGAUCACGACGGCGGAGACGUGGGAGUUGAGGGCAAGAGCAAGGCAGACGAUGAGGUGACUGUCCGCGAUGGAGACAUGAAGGGAGAAAAGAUGGUGUCGUUGAAGAGGAAGAAGGGCGAAGACGAAGGCGAUGGUAAUGGCGGCCGAAAGAAGACAAAGUCUCAGCCGUAA